CGCAACUAAAUGCAUCCCGAAUAUACUCAAGAAAGUUUUUUUCGUGUAUCAUCUUGUUAAGUAUUUUCUUUAUAAGAGAAAAAGUGCCUUCACUGUGAGCCUGUUUGCUGGUGUCCGAUAAGCUCGUACGGGCGAUUGCUUCUUCCAGUCGCUGUCAGUUUGGUUCGUUGUUCAGUGUUUAUUGUUGGUGAUAAGUAAACGUUCCGCCCAUUGCAAGAUGCGUCUAAUCAUCCUCGACACGGCCGAGUACGUCGGCGAAUGGUCGGCCAAGUACGUGAUGAAGCGCAUCAACGACUUCAAGCCCGGCCCGGAUCGGUACUUUACGCUCGGCCUGCCGACCGGCUCGACCCCGCUCGGCAUGUACCGGCACCUGAUCAAGUUCCACCAGCAGGGGCGCAUCUCGUUCAAGUACGUGAAAACGUUCAACAUGGACGAGUACGUGGAUUUGCCGCGGGACCACCCGGAAAGCUACCAUUACUUUAUGUGGCACAACUUUUUCAAACACAUCGACAUCGAUCCGGAAAACGUGCACAUCCUCGACGGUAAUGCGCCCGAUCUGGUGGCGGAGUGCGAUGCGUUCGAGGAGAAGAUUCGGGCGGCGGGUGGGAUUGAGCUGUUCAUCGGUGGCAUCGGACCGGACGGGCACAUUGCGUUUAACGAGCCGGGAUCGUCGCUGGCGUCGAGGACGCGCGUGAAAACGCUCGCGCAGGACACACUGGAGGCGAAUGCGCGCUUCUUUGGGAACGACAUUAGCAAGGUGCCGAAGCAGGCGCUGACGGUCGGCGUGGCGACGGUGAUGGAUGCGCGCGAGGUGAUGAUCAUGAUACUGGGGUCGCACAAAGCGUUCGCCCUGUACAAGGCGAUCGAGGAGGGCGUGAACCAUAUGUGGACGGUCAGCGCGUUCCAGCAGCAUCCGCACACGAUCAUGAUCUGCGACGAGGACGCGACGCUCGAGCUGCGGGUGAAAACGGUCAAGUAUUUCAAGGUAAGUGUUUUUUGGCGAUGGGAAAUGUUGGGUAGAAGGUGGUUGGUUGGUAAAACGGUUGUGGUUUCAACAUUUCCAAAGACAAACGCUGUACAUAGCAAGCUUUAUUACAUUUGGACAUACAGGAUUAAAUAGGAUUUGGUUAAGGCUUUUCUUCUUCUUCUUCUCUGGUUGUGGUUAUUUUUAAUUGAUAAUAUAACAUUGUUUUCAACAAUUUCUUCAAGUAGUUAUUUGAAACAUAUAACUUGAUUGUUAUAAUGUACAUUAUCUUUUUAAAAUAGCACUUUUACAAUCCCAUUUGGAUUUGGUUUACAUUGGUAGUUAGACCAUAAGUGCUUAACAAAUCAUUGGUGAUGGCUACCUUUUGAAUUUGGGUCUACAUUCAACCCUCCCCCCAAUUCGGUGCACUAAUUCGGUUCAUUUUCCCUUCACACGUGUGCCGGCACUUGGUCGUCGUCACUUUCCAGGCCCUAAGCAAUGUGCACCACAAGUUGAUCGAGGAGGACUCGGCGGACGUACGAAAGCUUAAGUAAGAGCGCAAUGAGCCGACCGACGAAUGAUGCCGCAUAUACAAAAAACCCCUGCAAAAGAACAGUAUUUUUUUCUACGUGUGUCCGUCUACUGGGAGGAGUGAAAUAUAAUCGAAUAUUCUUUUGAAACAGCAUGCAAAAUGCUUCGAUCGUCGUUUCUCUAUUGUUUUGUAGGUACUCAUGUGUGACAGAACAUUGAAGGUUUGAAGGUGAUAGAACGUGAGACUGAUCAACUCGACCAGACAAACACAUUCAUCAUGAAUGUGUCACAUUCUUGCUUCCCUAUCGUUUGGACAGUACAUUUAUGCAUUAAGAUUGGACAUGGGUGAAAAAAACAUAUAUUUUUCUGCAUUGGAGGUACACAUGGGGCUCUCCACCAUCAGUACAAAAACAUCGGAAUCGUUUCGGAAAUCGGUCCUGUCUCUCCCAUCCCUCUCAUAAAUUAGUUUGUGCUGUUUGUGGUCGGUUCACGUGUGGCUAACCAAGGUUGAAGGUGGAACUGCCCCCCAGGGAAGGGAGGGACAACAUUAUGGUUUUGAACACGACGCACACGUGUGUGUGUGUUGGGUUUUUUAUGCACCGCAAACAACCCGGCUGCAGCAAAUUUGCACAUUGUUUUCUUAUCUUUAUCUUUUUGUUCUUUCAUUCUUUAUCCCCGAUUGUCCCCACCACGUGUAUUCCUCGGUGCGUCUAGGAUUGCUACAAACUAUCUGCCGACGGGCUUGAGCAGGCAACGCUGCGCAAUUGAAUCUCUCGACUAGUUCUCCCUCUAGCUCUCCCGUUGGCUAAAUCUCCGCCCCGUAGAGAGGUCGUGUUCUAUCCAAUGAUGCUGAAAGAUAGUUUUGUUCCCUCACUAGUUCAUGCUUUGUUGCUCCAAUGGCACCUUUCGGUGCACAUUUUGCCUUCUGCCAAUGAAGCAAACCCAACCGGGUCCCGAAAGAAGAUGAAGGUGUACGAGGUCCGACGCGAUAUGGUGCAUGUGCUGCUGUGGUUUGGUGCUAAUUCUCUUUGAUGUCAUUUCUUCCCCCCCAAAUACAUACACACACAGGGUCUGAUGGACGUACACUCCAAGCUGAUCGAGGAUGAUGCACCGAAGUAAACGCGAUGCACUGCUGGCAAGAUGGUGGGGAUUUUGGGGAGCAAAUUGAUAACAAAUUAGGUGGCUAGGAGGACUGCAAUGUUGACAAAACCAUAUCUACCUUAGUAUUGCGAUGCGAAUGGUGGCUUACGUCCGGUGGCAACGAACUCGAAGGAUUGCUGAGUAGUGUUUGUGUGGGAAGCCAAGCCACAAACAUGUUAACAGUAACGGUGCAAUUUAUUGUUAUGUAUAGUUGAACUUUUGUUUUAUUAUUAUUUUCGUUUUAUUGCUGUGUACUGUAUUACUUCAGUGUUCUUUCCAAAUCUCAAGCAGUGCUUUGCAAACACGUUUUUUUCACGAUGAAAAUAGAAAAUAAAAGAAUCGAAUCAACUUUAUGAAAGCAA